AUUUAAAUAUAUGUUCUUGUAACUGUAAAGACUUUAGGAAGAUUUCUGAAAUAGAAAUUUUAAUUCCUUGUAAUUUAUUUAUAUUAGUCUCAUUAUACCAAAAAAUGAAUUAACCUUUUAAAAAAAUAUAUAGGUUAAGUCCAGGAAAGUGGUACAUUAUAGAUUUUGAAGAGUUGAGAUGUGAUCUUAAAAAAAAGGGUUUUGGUAUUUUCUUGUCUGUCGCCAUGAGACGGUUACCUCUUUUAAAACUUUUCAUUCUAAUUUUUUUAUGUGUAACAGUUUUAUACAUUUAUUCCGCUAGCAAUCGUAGCAAAAACAAUACCGAACUAGUAAAAUCGGGGCAUAUAAUUGACAGUAACCAAGAGAAGCCAUUUAUAGAUAGGAUUGUAAUAUCAUUUGUAGUGUGUGAUUCUAGGUUUAAUGAGUCUUUAAAUGUUAUAAAAUCUGUCUUGCUUUUUACAAAGACUCCUGUUUACUUUGUUAUAUUCACUGACAAUAAAUUAAGAUCACAAUUCAAUGAAACUCUCCACAAAUGGAAACCUAUGUUUGAUAACCAGCUUGAUUUUGAAUUACAAAGAAUCAAAUUUCCUGAAGCACACGAAGAAGAUUGGAUGAAUUUGUUUAGUAAAUGUGCAGCUCAACGAUUGUUUAUUCCAAAAUUACUCCCACAUAUUGACUCUAUGAUAUAUGUGGACACAGAUACCUUAUUCUUAGGACCAGCUGAUGAUCUGUGGAAAACUUUUAAAAAGUUUAACAAUUCACAAAUAUCAGCUAUGACUCUGGAAGAUGAUAAUCCUAAUGUCUCAUGGUACCCUAGAUUUGCCAAGCAUCCCUUUUAUGGAAAAUAUGGUCUUAAUUCUGGAGUGAUGCUCAUGAAUUUAACAAGAAUGAGAGAAUUUGGAUGGGUUGAUUAUGUGACACCUAUAAUGUUAAAGUGGAAACUGUACAUUCCCUGGGGAGACCAGGAUAUUAUAAACAUAAUAUUCCAUUACCAUGAAAGAGCUGUAUAUAUAAUGUCCUGUCGUUAUAAUUAUCGCUCGGAUCAGUGCAUGUAUGGAGAUGCAUGCGCUGAUGCUACAGAACAUGGUGUAUUUGUAUUACAUGGCAGCCGGAAAGCUUUUCACAACCACAAACAACCAGCUUUUGAGGCAAUUUACCGGGCUGUUGAUGAAUAUGAAAUUGGAACUGAACCAAUGAAAAUUCUGGAAAACAUAGAUAAAUAUUUAAUGGAUGCUCCACAGUCGCAUUGUGGUAAUUUAAAAGACGCCUUCCUUAAAAUACCUCUACAAACAUUAAUAAAAAAACACUCGAGACCUGAUAGAUAAUAGAAAUAUUGUUAGACUAACACUGAGACUCGAUGUUUAUUAUAUUAAAUACAGAUAUAAAGUUUUUUCGACGUUUUGUGCACGUACACUAACGUGCAUUACAAUAUUGGUCAGCUAUAAAAUAGUCGACUAUAUCAUUAAUCUCGAAACAAAAUAUAUAAGAAUCUGUUAACUUAAACAAUAGUCAGCAAAAAUAAUUUACCAAAUAUUAGAUUGUAAUAGUUUUACUAUGUCAUAUCUCUUACACAAAUAAGUUUUAGAACAGUGGAAUUAUAUUAAAAGCAAAUUAUAUAUUUAAUAUAUUUAUUUAUUACUUUUAUAUGUGGUUAAAAUCAUAAAAAUCACGAAACUAUUAUUCUUUAUAUAUUCUUCUAAUAUAAUUAUAAAAUUUAAGUAACGUUACUGGGAUGGGAUUUUCCCGUUCAAUCAUAUGGGCCAAUCAUAUAUUCGCUGCCCAGCCAAUGAGGUGCACAUUUGUUUGUUUUACAAUUCAAUUAGGCUGUACCGCAUCACAAACAUGGGUCAAGAACUUAGCCUUAAAUAUUAUAAUACCAACUAUUUCUAUAAGUCUUAGUCUUAGUCAAUAGAUAUACAGAGAAUAAAAAUGCUCUCCUUUGAUAAAAUUUUCCUUUAUGUAUUUAUAACGAAAAUACUUGUCUCAUGAGAACGUUAAUAACAUCCUCAUGAGACAAGUAUUAAUACAAUUAAAACUCUUAGAUUUUAUUUUUGAAUAUUUUGUAGAAUAGAUAGAAUAGAUGUUUGCUAGAGAGUUUACAGAUGAAAAGCACCAUGACAAUCAAAAAUGACAAGUAAAAGAUGAGAAUGACAAAUGAAUGAGGUAUUUGAUGUAUUAUAUAAAAUUAUUAUUUAAAAGGGCUAAAAGGGCAUACACUUUUGAGUAAAAUAUAACUAAUGGUCUUAAAUUGGCAUAGGUAUUAACAAAAAUAUUACGCGUUAAGACAUAUGUUAUAUUAUAAAACGACCAAGAUCUGUAUUUAUUCUGAUUUCCAAAUCAUUGUUAUUGAUAUCAAAUUGUCCUCUUUACUAUUAAACCACAUAAAUAUGUGUGUUAUAAUAAACGAUCAACUCUAUUAUAUCGUUUAGAAGCAAAUGAUUGAUAAAUCAACGCUCGUGUGGGUCGUUUAAUAGAUUUUGUGUUUAGUUUUUUACCUACACACUUUUAACGAAAACUAAAAUAAUUACUUUGUUCCUAGAUUAUAAUUUAUGCAACUUAUUUAUUUUGUUUAAAAUAAAAUAAUAUAAGCUAUUUAUAUAUUAGAUAAGCCAUAUGUAUUUGUUUAGCCAUCUUUUAUUUUCACAUUCAGCUCGUAUCAACAAUGAUCAAGAAAUAAUUUAUAUACCCUUUACCAAUUAAAGAAGGAGUAAAGAAUUACGAGUCUAAAAUUUACACUCUGUGCAAUGGAUAAUAACUCUGCUUUAUUAAGGACAACAAUUCUUGAUUCAUAUAACUCCAUUGAUAAUACAACAUUAUAUCAAAUUUAAUUUUACUUCAAAACUUCCAAUAACAACUUAACUGACAUUCGUCUCUAAUUUUUUUCUCAAAUCAAAUUUUGAAUACCAAAUAUUAUUCAAGCUCUUGGCCAAAAAUAACGCGCCAACUCAAUGACUAAGUUGCACAUUUGUCUUAACUCCUACUGUGGUUGGAAUGGGCCCACAUACACAUACAUUAUUCCAAUAUAAACCAAAUAUUUUUUUGCCUAAGUUGUAUAACUUAAUGUUCCUCAAAAUUAAUCACCCAAAAAGUAAACAUACAAAUGUAGAUGUUAAAAUAUUUGGUACUAGAUUAAGUAAAAAAAUUGACUUAUUUUUGGCAGAUCUCAAGCCAAUAGUAACAGUAUCAGAAAUAUAGAAUAAAUUGUAAAUUUCAUUAAAUAUCGUAAAAGUUACCUUUGCAACUGGUAUUAUAGUUUGCUUAUAAAUAUGUUGUAAUGUUUUUUUAUGUUAUAAUGUUGAUAUUUCAUAAUGAACCGAUGAAUCUAAUUUAUUUAAGUUAUGUAUAAUAUUGGUUGAGGUUAGAAGUAUUUUCCUUAGGGGUUGUUUGAGGAACUAAUGUAUGAUAGAUAGAUUCAUUAUUGAUAUUUUGUAUUGUUUAUAAAAAAAAAAACAAUAAUAUUGCAAUAAAUUUGUAAAAAUUUCUACAAUAUAUUUUUAAAGAGAUUUUAAAUUUGGGACGGGACUACUUACAAAUUUAAUCAUGAUACAAACUAAUGAUAAUGACAAAAGCUUGGUAAAUAGUUAUAAUUAGUCAUAAUUUGGCACAAAAAUAAAACGAAUUUCCAAAUUAGAUGCAGUUUUUAAGGUCGUAUUGUCGUCAGUGGAAGACAGGAAAUCUUAUAUAUUAUACACAUUGAUAAUUAUUGUUAAGUCACCCUAUAAUUUUGUAGCUGUAAAAAAUAGUUCUGUGACUUGUCGCUCCUGUAGCCCAACAUUGCCAACUCAUUUGAUUUAAAAUAAAAAUAAUUUCUAAAUAUAUAAAUAUGGCGAUAUUCUAAAAUGUCUCCCUCUUACACUCAAUGUAAUCUACGUAGUUGUUAAAAUAGUUAUAUAGGUAAGUUUUACAAAAGUAUUGGCGGAGUUGAAGUUUCAUUAUUUCCUUUUUUUUUAAAUAUUACUAUAUGAUUUGUAACUACGCUGUAAAUAUAGAUGUCCUAAAAAUGUGUAAAAUAGCUAUUUAUACCACGACCUCAGCACAUGCAGGGAUUGUACACACAUAUGAGAGUUUAUCUUAACAUUUUUUUUACACUGUUCAAUUUAGGGUCACAAGAAUCUCAGCUAAAGAAGUAUUAAUGAUUUAUUUUUCAUAUGUUACAUCGUAUCUUGUUGGGUUAAAUAAUAUAGUAUUAGUACUAUUGUUAAUAAAAUAAUGCACAAGUUUUAAUUCCAUUUUAAUUUGUUAUUGAUUCCAUUUACUUUUGUUUAUAUUAUAAUCUACGCUGGUAUAAGUAUUAUCAUUACUGUAAUCUGC